ACUGACUCAUUCACUUGAUGCAGACAAAGAGGAAAACCAUUCGCAUGCAAUAGUUUAUUUUUUAUUUUUUCCCCGAUUGGCAAAAUUUUUUUGUUUUGACCCAGGCCACAAAAAAAAGUAUUUCAAAAAAAAGUUUUUUUAAUCGUAAGGCUAAAGGAAACACACGUUUAACUCGUCACACGAGCGAGAGACGUUAGAACACAACCUUUUUGUUUGUUUGUUAUUUAAAACCGUGAUGCGCUCCGCGCUUCCUCCGGCACGGCUUUAUUGACGUCUGCAUCCCACCAAGUACAGCAGCGGCAAGUGAGGACUUUAGUGGCUUUUUACGACACCGUCCGUGUGACGCAAUAUGAGCGCGAGCUUCGGAAUGUACGAAGAUGAGCAAACGAACGCCUGUGGGACCGUCUGUCUCAAAUACGUGCUCCUCGUGUUCAACUUCAUCUUUUGGUUGACCGGUGCUGGAGUGAUGGCGGUGGGCGUGUGGACACUGGUGGAGAAGGGUGACUAUCUCAGCCUGCUGGCCUCCAGCACGUUUGCCGCGACUGCCUAUAUCCUCAUUCUGGCUGGCAGCGUGGUCAUGCUCACGGGGCUGCUGGGAUGCUGUGCGGUGGUGCGCGAGCGACGCGGAUGCCUUGCUGCCUACUGUGGCCUCCUGUUGCUCAUCUUCCUUCUGGAAGUCAUUGCCGGGAUUCUGGCUUACCUCUACAGACAACAGUUGAGUGAAGAGUUAAAGAGCCACAUGAACAAAACAAUUGUGGAGAGCUAUGGGCAGCCUGAUCAGCAGAGGGUAACUGAUGCCAUGGAUAAACUUCAACAGGAGUUUAAGUGCUGCGGGAGCCACGACUGGAAUGAUUGGCAGCGGAGUGACUGGGUGAAGGUCGCCGCAGCAGAAGGCCGUCUGGUGCCAGACAGUUGCUGCAAAUCCCCGACGACACGCUGUGGCCGCCGUGACCAUCCCUCCAAUAUCAACAGGGUGGAGGGUGGGUGCAUCACGAAGUUGGAAGUGAUACUGCAGGAACAUCUGCUGCUCAUUGGUGCGGUGGGAAUUGGCGUGGCCUGCCUGCAGGUGCUGGGGAUGAUACUGACUUGCUGCUUAUACAGAAGUAUAAAGUUAGACCCCUACUAUUAAAAGAAUGACAGGAACCUGCAUUUUGAUAACACGUUUUUGUGAAUCAAACAUGUCAUAAUUCUGACCCAAUGAACUGUACCUAUAGUAUUAAUAUACUAAGCACAUUGUCUUUAUCCUGUGUGUGUGGGGGGGCAGCGACUGUGGAGCGAUUUGCGCGCUGCGCUAGGAACCUGGCGACCCGAGUUCAAUUCCCGCUCACGGCCACCACCGGUGACGAUAAUUUUAACCGCUCCUGGGCCUCCCCUAGGUCGACUCAGCCGCAAACGAGUAACUGGUGUGUGAACAUCGCUACUGGGGAGACAAAGGCGGCCGGGCGUGGUGAAUUAAAGUCCCGGGUGAAGCCGGGUUGUCAAGCUAGUAUACUAUAAAACUUGCAUAGGAAAUUGCUAUUUGAAAAAUUAACAUUGACUUAAUAUAUAUUUACACGGUCAGUUUUGUGUUUAUACUCGUAGUUUGUGUUUAAUGUUAAUAUACCAUGAUUGUAUUAAAACAGGACAAUGCAAAAGUUUAAGCUACAUCGUUUAAAUGUGCCUUAAUCAUUGGUAGAUGUCACCAGAAAAUAUCCAGCAGCAUAGAGAUGGAUACAAUUAACUGUUAAACUGCAUAUUCAUUUAAUAAAGUUUUUUUUUAAGUA